AAAAAAACUACCGAAACCGCGGAUUCCGAAAUCGGCCCCGCCCCGUCAUCGGCGAAAUCUGUUUCUUGGUGUCGGCAUCAAACAGCCGCAAGCACAAAGCGGGAAAUAAUACCGUUGCCGCAAGGCUGAGCACGUUGAGCCGACGGAUAUAAUCCAUCUGCUCGCCCAGACAUGAAAUGUUGGCAUCGUCAUUCGUCAGAACGCGGUAGCCGAAGUCGGGCCUUCGCGUGUUUGGCUGCCAAGGGUGGAUGUGGCCAUCUUUUGGAGCUACGCUUUUGGUGUAGUGUUUUCAGGGAAAGCUUGCUCAUAAAGCGCGAGUAAGGGCAUUUCGGGGCCAUGAUCUUGCUGGGUCUGGUGGCCACAGUGACAUAUAAGUACAUGAUGGCCUUCAUCCGUGUCUGUGAUGUCUCGUAGCCCUCUUUCCUCUGAGACCCGUGGAGCGAGCUCUUUGAGUACGUUAGACAUACAGUCGCCUCUUGUCUUUGGAGCUUUUCAAACUGCCGAGGAUACAGCUCAGCUUAUCGGCAACAGCGUAGACAGAAGAAGAGCAUAGUGCGUAUUGCGACAUGACAGCGAACGGCACGAACGGGGUUCACACCCCCAUGUCUGCCGCUACGAAAUUGCGACGCAUGAUUGAAGACCCGAAUGGCUUUGUCGCAGCUCCAGGCGUUCACGACGGCCUGUCGGCACGCACAGUACUCGAGCAAGGCGGUUUUGACUGCCUCUACAUGACCGGAGCCGGCACCACCGCCUCGCGUCUAGGGACGGCGGAUCUGGGCAUUGCGACCAUCAACGACAUGCGCGCGCACGCGGAGAUGAUUGCAAACCUGGACCCGUCCAUCCCUCUCAUCGCAGACAUGGACACCGGCUACGGCGGCCCCGUCAUGGUUGCCCGGUCCGUGGAGGCGUACGCCCGGUCCGGCGUCGCCGGCUUCCACAUCGAGGACCAGGUGCAGCAGAAGCGUUGCGGCCACCUGCUCGGCAAGCAGCUCGUCGACGAGGAGACGUACGUGUCGCGGAUCAGGGCCGCGGUGGCCGCGCGCAAGCGGAUCGGCAGCGACAUCGUCAUUAUCGCGCGGACGGACGCGCUCCAGAGCCUCGGCUACGACGCCGCGAUUCAGAGGCUGAAGGCGGCGCGCGACGCCGGCGCCGACGUCGCCUUCCUGGAAGGCAUGACGGACAAGGAGAUGUGCCGCCGCGCCGUGAAGGACCUGGCGCCGUGGCCCAGCCUGCUCAACAUGGUCGAGUACGGCGUGACGCCCAUCAUCUCGGCGGACGAAGCCAAGGAGAUGGGCUUCAAGGUCAUCAUCUGGCCGUUCGCCACGGUUGUGCCCGCCUACGUCGCCAUGCGGGACGCGAUCAAGGGCCUGAAGAAGACGGGCGUGCAGAACACGCCAGAGGGAAUUGGCCCCAGGAAGAUCUUUGAAGUCUGCGGCUUGGAGGGAUACAUGGCCUUUGAUGCCGAGACUGGUGGAACGAUGUAUGCCAAGGGUGCAUGAAGAAGUGUUUGCAUUUUGCUUUACCUGUUGACUAUGGGACAUACGCUGUUUGUUCGUGUGAAUUUGAGAUACCGAAUCCGAAGAUCCAGAGAAUGUAAUACAACAUUUUUAUUCAAA